AUGGGUGGUAACACGGAAUAUAUAGCAGGCCACGGCUACCUCUCUCUUGGCCAGGCUGUUCACGUUGCUCAAAACAGUGACGGAGGCGUUGACCAGCAACUUGCCCAAUUCCUCGAAAAACGCCUUGCCGUGGUCUGGUCAAAACUUAACGCUCAACCACAAUCCUACAUCCUACCGCCAGACGAGUUUGCUCUCAUGAACUACUAUCGCACACGAUUCGGAGAUAACGAAAUACGCAAGAGCGAUGGAAUUCAUGCAAGGCGUAACGGCGAACUACUAGAAUUGGCAUCACCUAUAGGAGCGGUACCCAACAACGGACGACUGUGUCUCGUAACUCUGCUCUUAAUACUAAUGACGCUAUCUCAAUCUACUUCCGCUUUACUUACGACUACCCCGCUUGCGAAACCCUAUCCCCAGACCGUGUCCUUGAGAAACCGUGCCACGAACGAAUCAUCUCUUCUAGAAUGCCUACAGGUUGCGCCACCAGUCCUAAGUCCAACUGAUGCAUGCCAGAAAACCUUGAUGGUCCAUACUUUUGCCUCCUCAUACGGACAGCCAUUUGUCGGGCAGUACAACCCGCCGGACUGCAGCUUCAACAGGGUCACUUUCAACUUUACCGUCACAUCUGCUGGCCGACAAUUUGACCGACUCGGUGUGAUGUUCCUCGGUGAUACCGAGGUGUUCCGUACUUCCACCGCCGAGCCAACACAAGCCGGCAUAAUAUGGACAUAUGUUAAGGACAUGAGCAGCUACCAAUCUCUGCUCAAUACGCCACAAAAGAUUAUAUUUGAUCUCGGCAAUAUCGUGGACGAUACAUACACGGGUUCCUGGUAUACUACGUUGACCGCCACCUUCUUUACCGCCGACGAUGCUAUCAAGCCUGCAGAUGUCAUCAUCCCGAUCUCGGCACGGAAGUCGGGUCAAGACGCAUCGAGUGUAUUCGUCGUACCGGAGACAAGGGCACUCAACAGCGUUGUGCUUCCGCAAAACGCAAAGAAGGCCGCGUUCUCUAUCUCCGCAUGUGGUCAGGCAACUGAAGAGUUCUGGUGGAGCAACGUAUUGUCAUCAGACACAAACGCAUUCGGCAACGACACUACGCUAUACGGUCACUCGGCCUUCCGAGAGCUUCGGCUUCUCAUCGACGGAUCAUUGGCUGGAGUCGCCUGGCCCUUUCCCGUCAUCUUCACUGGUGGCGUUGUUCCUGGCUUUUGGAGGCCCAUCGUAGGCAUUGAUGCAUUCGAUCUGCGAGAAGACGAAAUUGACAUCACACCAUUCCUUCCAUUGCUCAGCGAUGGCCAACCCCAUAGCUUCGAGAUUCAGGUUGUCGGCGUCGAUGAUGAUGGUCAUGGGAACGGAAAUUUUACGACAGCGAUCGGAUCGAAUUGGGUCGUUACUGGAAAGAUCUUCGUUUGGCUUGACGCUGGCGACAACGCUAUUACAGGCCCCGCGCCUACCUCUGUUUCGACUUCCAGUAUCAUACUACACUCGUCAAAACGCGGAUACUCGAAUAGCAGCGCAGGCAUCUUCUUGGACUAUUCUAUUCAGGUCACCCGCAAUCUAGACAUUCAAUCCACGCUCGACACGCCGACCGGAUCCAAAGCAGUUACCUGGACUCAGAAGCUCACCUACUCCAAUGUUGGAACCCUCAGCAACGGCGGCAACGACCAAAUCGUACGUCAGUCGACAACAGGCACGCAUACAGCCUCAAACUAUGCCAAAAGCUUUGAAUACCCUCUACGGGUACAGUCGUCUUACAACGCGCCAUCAGGCGGCAACGUAAGCAUCAACGCAAGCAUGGAGCGAAGCAAAAACGUGCAGCAGCAAGGAGACCUAGCCUUUCCAAACGACUGGAAGACGUUUGACUACACGCGUCUACGCUCGACGCCCUACAGCAACCAGACCUUCCAUGGCUCUGACGUGGACAACUGGCAAAAUGGCACAGCAUCCUACCUGUCUGUCCCCGCACUGAAGAGGUCCUUCGGAUCAGGCAGCACAGAGCAGCGCCUCACACUCAGCGGUGUAGGCGCCGGACCACAGGACGCAGCAUCCCAGCAACUCUACCAAAGGCACAUUGCAGCCACCAACGACUCGGUCGUGUAUGACGACGAGAGCUUCGGCGGUCAGGUGAGAGGUCAGAGCAGGUAUGCCGCUCCUAGCGCUCAGGGCACGCGAGACGUCGCGCAUGAGUUUGCGGCGUCAGGCAUUAGAGCGAUGCUAGGAAGGGGGCCAGCGUAG